GACUCAGCAAAACAACCAAUCAUUAUCAUUCCCGGCCACGCAUCAGUCACCUAGGUCAAUAAAAAAUCCACAUUCUAGUAAUCCGUUGUCUUCAUCAGUAAAUAGUCUGUGUUUAUUGUGGACCUGCUUUUGUAUAGAAAGUUAUUUUAGUGUAUAUAGCGGAGAUUUGUCAACCUCUUCUGUGUUCAUGAUGUGGUUUCCGAUUAAUUUAAGCCUGUAGACUAAAUCUAACAUCCAUAUGUAUAACGCUUCCACAUUGUUAAUGUUUGUUUUCCUCCACUUUUUUUAUAAUUAUAAUGUAACAGUCACAAAUAUCGGUACCAUUAUUUUAUUUUCCAGCGUAAUCAUGGAGUCCUUGAAAAUGAAUAAUGGUCGUUCUAUCCCAAUCAUUGGUCUCGGAACAUGGAAUAGUCCACCUGGUGAAGUUGGAGUGGCUGUAAAGAAAGCUCUAGAAGUUGGUUAUCGACAUUUGGACUGUGCUUAUGUCUACAGAAAUGAAGCGGAAAUAGGUGAAGCGCUGGAAUGUUCAUUAAAGAGUCUAAACUUAAAAAGAGAGGACGUUUUUGUUACUUCUAAGCUGUGGAAUACUUUUUUCCGCCCUGAGCGUGUCAGGAUAGCCUGUGAAGAAACUUUGAAGAAUUUGCGUCUUAAAUACCUUGAUUUGUACUUAAUUCAUUGGCCUGUUCCAUUCCAAUAUGGUGACUGUCUUUUUCCCACUGAUUCGAACGGGAAUUUCUGUGUAGAUGAAGUACCACAUGAGGAAACUUGGAAGGAAAUGGAAAAAUUGGUUGAUGAUGGCUUAGUUAAAUCUAUUGGUUUAUCAAAUUUCAACAAACGUCAGAUUGAAAAUAUUCUUAAACAUUGUCGUAUUAAACCAGCUAAUUUACAAAUUGAAAUUCAUGCUAAUUUUCCUAAUAUACAAUUAGUUGAAUAUGCACAAUCGAUUGGUUUAACUGUAACUGCUUAUGCUCCACUUGGUUCACCUGCUGCUUCUCCAGGAAGAGUUGAUUUACUCAUGGAACCUUGGGUUUUACAAAUUGCUAAACAUCACGGUAAAACACCGGCUCAAGUUCUCUUGCGUUAUUUAAUUCAAAGAAACUUGAUAAUAGUUCCAAAGUCUGUAACACCGAAACGAAUUGAAGAAAACUUUGAGGUAUUUGAUUUCCAACUUUCAAAAGAGGAAAUGCAUGAAUUGAACACAAAAGGUGUGAAUGAACGUCAAUUCAAAUUGUUGAAAAUGGCUAAUCAUCCCGAAUAUCCAUUCAAAGAUGCCUGUUCAGAAUACCUUUCAAGGAGUACACAUGAAAGUCAACAAGUCUUCCAUAUGUAUACUUUUCCAUCUUCUCAAGAAGUUGAAGUUCAGUUAGAUAUACUUAAUAAAACAUCUACACAGAUUAAUGAUUUAGAAAGACGUUUGGAAAUUUCUCGUGAUGUUUAUCGUAAAGUUUUAUCAGAUCAGUCAGAUAAAUUGCAGAAAUUAAGUAAAAAACUUGGUAAAUGUGUAUUACGUACUCGACCAUACAAUGAAUUGAAACAAAAGCAGAUAUACUAUCAUAAAGAAAUUCAACUAGCUGCUUUGAAGUAUGAAAAUGCUAUAUCGACUUUAAAUGAAGCUCGUAACACUCUGGCUAAGUUGGAAGCAUGUGUUUCAGAUUCUGGUGUUAGAGAUCCAAACAUAUUAGAGUCUCUAAACCAAAGUAUUACGGAUUUUAACAAUGCUAAUAAAUCAUUAAAUAACGCCAAAUUAGAACAUGAAAAACUAAUGGAAAUUUAUGCUGCAAAUGAACAAUCCCUUCGUUGUUUAGAGAAACGUCUUCGUUUUGAUAUACAAAAAGCGAAGCCUUACUACACCAUGUAUGAUCAUUUCAUGUUGAAAAUGGAGGAUGUUAAACAACAUGUUGAAUUAUGUAUAGAUAAAUUGAAAGCAUGUAAAUAUAUUUAUAAUAAUUCAAUGUGUAAAUUAGAAUAUUUAUCAGAUUCAAUUCAUAUUAAAAGAUUAAAACAAAAAUAUAUGAAAAAUGAUUAUUAUAUAAUCAAUAAUAAAGAUAAUCAUGAUUCUAUUAAACAAUGUCCAAAUACAAGUAAUCAAUGUAUCCAUGAUCAUUACCAUUGUAAUAAUAAUAAUAAUAAUAAGGAUAAUCUGGUAACUAAGGGACUAACCCUUAAUCAAUAUAAAUCAGUUCAAUAUAAUAUAAAUGGAUUAGAGAGGAAGGAUAAUAGAUUGAUCAAAGCCAAUAAUGAUGAUUGUUUAAAUAUUAAUGAUGAUAGUGAUGAUCAUAUGAAAAUGGAUAAUCAUCAUGAUAAUAGUUCAACUGUUAAUUGUUUCCCUAUAAUGAAUGGUUUAUUAGAGUCACUUCAUCAAGCUUCCAUUGAGAUUGAUUCCCUACAAAAUUCCCCAUUUCUAUCUUCAAUUGAUUCAAAAGAAGACCAUUGUACUUCCAUGGAUACAAGUACUACUACUACUACUACUACUACUACCAAUACAACAUCAUUAUCAUUAUGUACAGAAUCUUAUUCUCAAUCAUCUCAUACAUCAUCAGCAUCUAUUUCACCAGCAUUAUCUUUUGGCACAUUAACAAGAUCAACAACCACAACAACAACACCCUCAUCAGCAUCAUCAUCAUUUGAUGAACAAUCUUCAACUUUAAUGUUAAUGAACUCCUUCAAUCAUUUAAAUCUAACUAAUAACACUUCACAUUCAUUUCUAUCAAAAGAGAUAUGUUGUAGUAAUUUCACUAUAACAAAUUCUAGUUAAACAGUAUUAACAUUUGUAAAGAUGUCGGUUUUUUCUGUGUCAAUUUCUAAACUACUGUUAAAGUUAUAAGUAGUAUGUUUACUUAUUGAGUAAAUAAUUCUCUCCCAUUUCUAUCAUGACAACAAUAUUUAAAUGGUAUCUACUGAAAUAUUGAAUGUAUAACUGUAAGGAAUUCAUUAGAAGAAAAGACCAUAAACUAUGGAAAAUACUGCUGAUUGAAAGAAUUGAAUGCUUCCAUUAUUUGCUUUCUUUUUUAUUUCGGUUACUUCUACUAUCGUUCAGUAUUUUAUAUAUAGAGACGUUAAAUGUUAGUUACUGGGAUAAGUGCAUUGAAAUGCCCAUAUACUGCUUAUGAUAUUACUAACAUGGGAGUUACUUACUUACUUACGCCUGUU